GUCGCCGUUCGCCCUCGUUCGCACGAUUUUCCGCGUUCGUCCCGUCGCGCUGUCGCCGGCAAAGCGCCCGAAACUUUCGUCACGUUUGCGCGAAAAAAAUCCUCUGGUUUUUUUUUUGUUCGAUAUUUUUUAGUUUCAUAAAAACAUUUUGUCAUCGACCGAGGUCCGUCAAAUCGUAGAUCUCGCGUAGAUUUUUUUUCCGCUGCUCGUCGUGGUUUUCGUGUCUUCCGGUUUUUACACUCCGACAUAAUAUUUCCCUCGGUUCGUCGUGCGGUAUAGUGAUAGUGCCGUUACAAUACACGCCACAUCGACAUUUAGAUAUUGGAAAAAAAAUUUUGCGAUCGUCGAAGUGUGGUCCUUCCGGUCCAGCCGCCCAGUUGUCUGUAUCGGCUGCAUCAGUCAUCUCAGAGGGAGGGAAAAAAGACAAAAAUCACGCCGACAAUCUGAACACAUAUCGUACAACUGUUGCUGUUCGCUAUGCCAGUGGUCAUAAGCAGUCAAAGUGGUCGUCCUGCUGCGUGAAAUCAGACUUUCAAAAGUGUCGACGUGAUCGCACGUGCACGAUGAGGCCGUUUAUGGGGUUGACACUGCUGCUGGCCAUCGGGACGUUCCGUGGCGCCUUAUGUUUGCAAAAUGGCGAUGGGAAAAAGAACUCGGUGCCGGAAACUGGAGGCAAACCCGCCGAGAAACCUUUGGCUCCUGUGCGCGGUAUCUCCACGCCGUUGCCACCGAGGAACACGUCAAACUCGACCACGGCGAUGGGUACCGUGACCACAACCGAAGUAUCCAACGCGACGCAAAGCAGCGCACUGGACGACACGCAGCUCCAACGGACAUUACUCAAACCGAAAUUUUUGACCGAAAACUCGUCGACCGUUGUCGCGCAGACGGGAGCGUCCAGCCGGAUAUCCUGUCUCGUCGCCAACCUGGGUGACUGCGUGGUUUCCUGGAUUCGUAGACGAGACUACCGACUACUCACCGUAGGGCUAUCCACAUACACAGAAGAUUUGCGGUUUCAAUCUCUGCACCACGUUCAGACUGGGGAUUGGACACUACAGAUAAAAUACGUUCAACUACGAGAUGCCGGUUUGUACGAGUGUCAAAUAUCAUCACAUCCACCGAAAAGCAUUUUUAUCAAUUUAAAAGUUGUCGAGGCACAAGCCGAGAUAGCCGGUGCUUCCGAGAAGUAUCUGAUGCUGAACAGCCCGCUGCAUUUGGAAUGUGUCGUCCAGCAGAGCCCCGUGGACCCGGUAUACAUAUUCUGGUACCACGACAGCCGAAUGAUCAACUACGACAUCGAUCGGGGUGUGAACGUCACUUCCGACUUACCGAACAAGCACAGCGCAUUAUAUAUUGAACGCGCUUCCCGCGCCCAUUCCGGCAACUACACGUGUGCACCGAGCAACGCGUUUCCUGCCAACACGGUCAUACACAUUCUCAACGGUGAGAACCCAGCGGCCAUGCAACACGGACACGGAAGAAGUCUGAACAUGCUUAGCUGUCCAUCCAUAUGGAUACUCAUACCGUCCUUAGUGAUGUUCCUCAACUUCAAUACAAAUUGAGAGCACAAUAUUAUUGGUGUGCGACCGUGAGUGCGUUUCAAAUCGAAAAUCGCUCCGGAUUUAUUGUAAUAACUGUAUUAUUGUACGAAAAACAAAAAUAAUAUUAAUGAUAAUGACGAUAACAAAUUAAUAAUGACAAAAAAUCAACAUUGUAAAUACAUUUUUUGAUUAUGGAUAUAGCUUUUAAUAAUUUCUAAGACACCGUUUAACAUUAAAUAUUUCGUCAUUGUGCACUAUAAUGUCAUGGUGUUUUAUAAUUUAAUUAAUAUGUCUGACGAAACCUACAUUAUAAUAUACUGGUUAAAUGUUUUAUGA